AUGAUGAUGCAUUCGCUAGAAAUUUUGAUUGUAUGUUUUGCAAUUGUCUCAUAUUCUCAUCCGAUUGACUAUAACAUUUAUGGAACAACUGCGCCUGGUUGGGAAUUUGUGCGAGAUUUAUUUAUGCAAAAUUUCGUAGACGAGAAAGAUCUAGGUGCAGCUGUGUCAAUUUACCAUCAAGGUCAUUUAGCCGUCAAUCUUAGAGGCGGAUGGUUCGAUGAAUCGAAAACGAUACCGUAUCAUGACGGUGCACUACAAUUGGUUUUUUCAACGACGAAAGGUGUUGUGGCGAUGGCCGCUGCACUUUGUGUACAACGAGGUUUACUCGAUUAUUCGGCGUUGGUAACAAAAUAUUGGCCUGAAUACGGACAACAUGGAAAGGAGAAUACCACGGUUGCGGAUAUUUUGUCUCAUCGUGCAGGUCUUCCGCAUCCAUCGCUACCUAUUCCUCAAUAUGCCAACUGGACAGCGAUGAUUCAUUCAUUAGAAAAACAAAAACCAGAAUGGAUACCGGGAACGACACAUGGCUAUCAUUCUGUAACAUACGGUUGGCUAGCAGGCGAACUUGUCCGUCGCGUUGAUCCGAAGAAGAGAUCAUUCGGACAAUUCAUUCAAGAUGAAUUAGCAAUACCAGCACAAAUAGAAUUCUACAUUGGUUUACCGUUGAACAUGCAAUAUCGCGUAUCUCCCGUAGUUGCGCAGCUGGAAACAAAAAAUAUAUUGAAUGAAACGAUGCUGAAUUUGUUCAGCAUCUGGAAUGAUCCUGCAAUACAUCAGGCAGAAAUACCAGCUGCUAUUGGAAUGUCGAAUGCUUGGUCGAUUGCUCGACUGUAUGCUGUGUUUAGUGGCGAUGUCGUGAACAAUCGAGGACACCGAAUGCUGAAUGAAGAUAUUCUGAAGCUUGCAACGAAAUCAAAUACACCAUCGAAUGAGAUCGAUUUGAUAUUUCAAUAUUAUUCAUCAUUUAGUAUGGGUUUUCAUCGAUACAAUCGAUUCCUUCCAGCAUUCGGUUCAGAUGUCUUUGGUCAUCAUGGUGCUGGUGGAAGCAUCGGUUUUGCGGCACCUUCCAAAAAUUUUUCAUUCGCCUACACUAUGAAUCGACUCGGCACGGAUCCCUCAAUAGUUAUUGAUCCCCGUAUACAACCUAUAUUGGAUAGAAUCGCAGAAAAAUUAAAUAAUUGA